AUGAUGACAACCUACAGAGGGGAGAUUCUUCCUCUGCGGACUGGUAACACUCUUCUCAACCGGUUGCAACGUCUUCGCUCCAGCUGUCCUGAACCACGUCGUCACGGUGUUUGCAGCACCGCAGAUCGAUAUGCCCAACCUCAGUAUCUGGCUAGGUGUCUUCUUCGCCUCGAGACUUGUGAACGCUAUCGUGAUAUCGCACAUGCAUUUCUACAUCGAAUUAAUCGCGCUACGCCUAACGGUGACACUCAAGGCGCUACUGUUCAAAUAGGCGAGUGCAAGCCCUGGCAGUUCGAGCCGCGCCCACUCGGUGCCGAGGACGUCGAGAUCAAGGUCACUCACUGCUACAUACCGUUGACAGCGGAUGGGGUCCCACGCCGUACCCGUGCGUCGCUGGACAUGAGACUAUUGGCAACGUCGUUGCAGUCGGUCGGAGGGUCAAGAGCCUCGCCGUCGGUAACCGCGUCGGUGUUGGUGCGCAGGCAUGGCGUGGCGUCUUCACUAUCAACGCCGCCUACAAAAACGGUUCCCCAUCAACAGGGUGGCUUUGCGGACUUCAUCCGCGUGGACAACAACUACGCCUUCAAGAUUACAGACGCUCUGCAGUCGGACGCCGCCACUCCGCUCAUGUGCGCUGGUGCGACGGUGUUCAAGCCGCUGAAGCAAGAGGACGUUAAGUCGGGCGACCGCGCCACAUCGCCAUCCAGUUCACCUGCCGUCCCCGUCGCCUUCCCUCGUUCGUCGAAGAAGGAGAAGGAGAUCCGUUCUCUAGGAGUCGAAGAGUUUUACGACUUGAUCAACCCGGAUCGCCAGAAGAAAGCUGCUGGGAGCGCCGACUUCCUCCUGCUUACCGCUGAUGCCAAGGACGUGGCGUACGAUCUGUACCCGAGCCUGGUUUACAUGCGCGGCACGUUCAUCAUGGUGGGUCUUCCUCCUAAUCAGGUCAAGAUCACGCCGUGGUUCCUGGUCCCUCGUGCUACCCGUGUACGAGGCAGCGCUAUCGGCAGCAUCCAGAACAUCAAGGACAUGCUUGGCGUGGCGGCGAAGAACAACGCGCGGCCGAUCAUCGAGAAGAUGCCGAUGAGCGAGGUGAACAAGGGGCUGGACAAGGUUCGUGACGGCAGCGUCCGCUACUGCAUCGUGCUCGUGAGCUAG